AUGAUUGAGACAUCAAAUAUCACACACAAAACAGUUACAGAAUUUGGUUGCGUCCAGAAUGACAGUAAAAUUGACCGGUACAUAAACGAUCAUUCUUUACGUUUAUCAGACGCUCAAAAAUGGCUUUUAAAGAAAACAAAAGAUGAUCCUAAAGCAUAUUACUUGAUAUCAAGUCUUGAAAUGCAACUUUUAUCUAAUAUGUGCUAUGCAAUAAAUGCCAGAAAGACAAUUGAUAUUGGAGUUUAUACUGGAUAUAGUACAUUGUCUAUCGCUGAAGUAUUACCUUCAGAUGGUUGUGUGUUAGCCUUGGAGAUAACAGAUGCUUAUCUAAAAGAUUAUUGUAUACCGGCUUGGAAAAUGGCAAAUGUUGAGUCAAAAAUCGACUUUCGACUUGGUACAGCAACUCAAACACUACAAAAUUUGAUUGAUAAUGGACAAAGUGAAACAUUCGAUUUUGCUCUUAUUGAUGCUGAUAAACAAAAUUACAGUAAUUAUUAUGAAUUAUGCCUUAAACUGAUCCGACCUCGUGGUAUAAUCGCAAUUGAUAAUGUCAUUUGGUCGGGACUUGUGGUCGAUGAGACUGAUCAAACCUCCGAAACUGUUGGUAUAAGGGAAGUGAAUGACUUGAUAGCUGGAGAUAAUCGUGUACGAAUCUCUUUGCUAAAUCUUGGAGAUGGGUUAACAAUCGUUGUGAAAAAAUGAUCUUUGGGAUACAUAUUCUACAAGCAUACACAUGUAUUUGUACCUAAAUGCAUGUUGAUACAUAAACGUGGAUAUCGAUUUAAGUUGGCAUUCAUAUUUUUUUUUUGGUAUAAUCAACAUUACGUAACCAUAUUUUU